AUGUGUACCAAACACUUCAUCGGUUUCCCCUGCGGUCACUGUUCAGUUCCAACACUGGUAAAAUGCCCACUCGUCACAUCCGACCCCAGGUUUCCGAUUUGCACAAACCCCGCCGAACAACCGCACCAGUCUGAGACAGUCUGCCACCCUUGCUCCCGCGUACUUUGGAAUAACGAGGUUUUGAAGAAGGAAAAUGAGCACAAACAACUCCACCGAGAUGGAAAGUGCGUAUGUGACACUGUAUUCCAAAAUUUCGAGGAUACCGAUGUUACAGUCUCUACACCGCAGACUCCACAGGCACAAUACUCGUGGACUGAACGGGUCGUACCAUGGACGCCUUACCCACCAUUUAGUAUGGACAUGGCUAUGGGACAAGCUGCUUCGGAGCCAUAUGGGCCUGUGGAGAUGUAUCGAAAGCUCCAGUAUCAACUUGACGAAGAUAGAUUGGCUUUUGCAAAGCAAUACAUUCAAGAGCAUCCUGAGCAGAAGCUUUACUACGAUCACCGGGGAUACAUUUACUUAAACGCUCCCGACAAGAUUGCCAGCCCUCAUGAACUGGGUGUGAAAGUUCCAGCGAGCGCUCAGGAUAUUCAUGGACGACCACCCUUGCCGCCUUCUUCAGGAAGGUCAAAUUUCGUGAUGUAUGACCAGUCUUUUGGUCGAACGGAUUUCGAACGACUGGAUGUAAUUGUGUUGCAAUUGGAGGCUCGGGGGUAUGAUCCAAUUGCUGCUAGGGCGGCUUAUGAUGCAGAUUGCGCUUCGAAGGUUUAUGGAGUUCAGUGGGAUAGAGUGCUUUCUGGCCCGGCUUCUGGUGCUGGCCCGUAUAACUAUGGAGGAAGUGGUAGCGGCACUCCAAUAACCCCAAGUCAAACUUAUGGCGCUCCUGCUGCUGGUUUUGAUGUUGUUGGUCCACCAAACUACACAGGAUCUAGCAACAACUACCCAACUACUUCAAACGCAUCUCACACCCAUGGAAACAGCCAAAUAUCUCUUGCCUCCCCCAACUCUGCAGCACCCCCUCCACCACCCGGCUAUUACACUCCAAACCAAGCGAUGAACCAAACAUGGAACACCACCACACAGCCCUACCAGCCCGCAUUCCAACCAUAUAAUACAGUCGUCGAACCUCAACAGCCAGUAUCGGGAUACGUAGCCAAUCGCGGGUACGGAGGAGGAAAAUACAGACAAGUCAGAUAUGGUCCCGGUCCGAGAUACCACCCAGAAGCCCCUCAACCUUUCUCAGGAGCUCCAAAUGACUUUUACACCCACCCAGGCGCAAGAAUGGCAGCUACAAACCCUUCCGACAACAACAUCGAGUCUCUUACUCAGCUUGAGAAUCUAAACAUUGGUGCUGGGGGCCCUAUGCAACAUAUGUCUCAUCGAGCUGGAUCGCGAGCUAAAGGACGGAGAGGUAGUGUAGGCAGCUAUGCAAAGAGAACCUCCCAACGUACCUCACAGGCUUCCAAAAAUGGUGUUUCUUCCCAUGACAACGCAUUGCCAAAAGUCAAGCUGCCAAAUGCCGGAAAUACUGGUGUAGAAAAUGAAGGAAAUGCCCAAGAAACCACUUCUACCACCACCACACCCUCUCUCACAGCUCCAAAUACCCCAAAUAUCGAGACCCAGGCCGCAGAAAGCGCUUCAGACGCCGUCGAGAGCACCGCAGCAGACCCAGACACCAUUUCCAAUACAGAGAAACUCGAAAAGGAAGAAAAAACACCAUCAAGACCAAAAUCCACCACUUCAUCAGACUGCCCAGACCUCACAUCCCCAGUCAUCGUUCGCAGCCAAAUGGCACAAUAA